CCGACCUUGAUGCGACGGCAGUCUUGAUGGAUGGCAGGUGCUCAUUCUCAACAAUCAUAUCCUUUGUCCCAAUGCUACCGCAUGAAAUCGCUCAAGGCACCGGUCGAAUGGCUCUUUUGCUGCUUGCUCCACCGCGUCGCCCGCCUAUAAAGCACGACAUGCCCCCGCCUCCUACGUAUCUAAUACGGGAUACAAGUGAAUCUUGAAGAGGAAUAUACAUCUCUAUAGGCGUCACCACUCACAAUGCAGUCUGCUAAGAACACUCCCGUGUCUGUUGUCGUCAUUGGGCUCGGCCAGAUGGGCCACAGCCAUGCACUGGCCUACCACCAUAACCCAGGUUUCAAGAUAAUCGGCCUUGUCGACCGACGACGAUCUGGAAAUGCACUCCCACCCGCGCUCUGUGAAUACCCCUUUCUGUCCCGCUUCGAAGAAGGUCUUGCCUUGAAACCCGAUGUCGUGUCGAUCAACACACACACAGCAACCCACGCCGACUAUGCUGUCGCCGCAAUGGAAUCCGGGGCACACGUGUUUGUUGAGAAACCGCUAGCAGCGACAGUUGCUGACGCAGAGCGUGUUGUCAAUACCGCACGACGGACAAAUCGCAAGCUCGUCGUCGGGUACAUCCUGCGGCAUCAUCCCAGUUGGAUCGAGUUCAUUCACCAGGCACGGCAACUAGGCCCACCGUAUGUCAUGCGAAUGAAUAUGAACCAGCGCUCUAGCGGUGAUGCCUGGGCGAUCCAUCAGCUGAUCCUUCAGGAUGUGAAAAACCCUGUCAUCGACUGCGGCGUCCACUAUGUCGAUGUAAUGCUGCAGGUUACCGAUAGCCAGCCUGUCCAGGUGCGCGGGAUGGGCCUUCGUCUCAGCGAUGAAUUGCCCUCCGACCAAGGACAGGUCAACUAUGGCCACCUCCAGAUUCUCUUUGCUGAUGGAUCGGUAGGCUGGUAUGAAACGGGGUGGGGGCCAAUGAUGUCCGAAACCGCGUAUUUUGUCAAGGAUAUAAUAGGGCCGCGUGGUUCUGUAUCAAUUGUCAUGGACGAGAGUGAAAAAGCUUCCACCGGUGACGAAGAUAGCAGUUCCGCCGAUAUCAAUAGCCAUACCAAGACGUCGAAGUUACGCGUGAGCACCGUAGUCAACGGACGCGCACAGAAUAAGAUGCUCUCCAUGGAUGGCGAGCCAGACCAUUAUGAGCUCUGUGCGCGCGAGCAGCAAUUUUUACUAGAAGCUAUUCGCGAGGGACACGAUCUUUCGAAGCACAUGGAAGACGCAGUCCGGUCACUUAGUAUUGUGCUUGCUGCAGAUCGCUCUAUGCGUGAAAAUCGUGCGAUCGACAUUGACUUGCUGUAAUAUCGCUUUCAAAAUCAAUUUAUUAGUCAAGUUUCAUAAUAUAUACCUACAUAUAGUUGAUCCAGUCGCGCCCUUAUUAAAAUUAACCAAUUACACAUGUGUUGAUGAGACGAUGCAAUUUAAACUAUCAAUACCUUCGAAAUCCUUCAAAUGUUGGAUAUGGAGUAAUGGAAAUAUAUAUAUCCC